AGUGGCAGCAAAAUUCAUUCCAAAACUGCUGAAUUUUGACCAAAAAAACAAUCGCAUGAACAUCGCUCAGGAGCUGCUAAAUGACGUCAACAACGAUCCAAGUUUACUUGAAAGGGUCAUAACUGGUGAUGAAACAUGGGUGUACGGUAUGAUGUCGAAACUAAAGCACAAUCGUCCACCUGGAAGCAUUCAACGUCACCAAGAGCGAAAAAAGCACGUCAAGUUCGAUCAAAUGUCAAGGUUUUGCUUACUGUUUUCUUCGAUUUUAAUGGCAUAGUACAUCAAGAGUUCUUACCACAAGGUCGUACGGUUAAUAAGGAGUAUUACCUUGAAGUUAUGCGACGUUUGCGUGAAGCAAUCCGAAAAAAACGCCCCGAUUUAUGGAAAAACAAUUCAUGGCUUUUGCACCACGAUAACGCACCUGCUCAUUCGUCGUUGCUUGAAUACAUCUCAACUUUUGUCGUUUCUGGUAUAAACGGUUAAAGAGUGGUUAUAGAUUAUUAAUUACUAUCACUAUUAUUAUUGAAUAUUGACUAAAAUGACAUGAUUAUAAUUACUGAUAACAAAUUAGUAAUUUUAAAUUAGCGAUUUGCAUAUCUAAAGAAUCUUGUAACUGCGACAUGCCGAAGCCGAAAACUACGAAGUACUGAACUACGCUCGUUGCUCGUAUCAGUCGUAGCUCAUACAGUCCGACAGUCGUCACUCGUCAGUCAUACGUGUUUGCUAUAGGUAUUGCAAUAUUGAAUAUUGACUAUUGUAUAGGUACCAUUUUGCCAUGUCUGUUGUGGUUAAAACUUGUUCAAAAUGCCAAAGGUUGUAUUUGCCUCAUUUCAUCCACGAUUGUAAUGUACUAGAUACUUCAUUGAUACCUAGCACAUCACAAUCGCUGAAUCAAGCGAGGACAGCAAUUAAGCCACAAAAUAUUAGGCCAAAGACUACCGAAAUAGUAGAUGAUACAGUUAGUAAUGAAACCUUAUAUUCUAAUAUUAUUGGGGCAGUGCUUAAACAUCCUGCUUUGUGGGACCAUCGUCUACCUCUAAAGGACCGGACUGAAAUUAAAAAAAGAAAAUUAUGGGAAUUGGUCCAUUUGGAGUGUAGAGGUAAUUAUGAUGUAAUGUCUAUUAUGAAUAAAUGGAAAUAUUUGAGGGAUAAGUAUGCAAGAGAAAAAAAAAGUUACAAACGUCCAUCUGGUAGUGGCAGUACACCAUUAAAAGUAUGGGAGCAUUUUGAGGAACUCAAGUUUCUUGAGGACAUUGUAGCUAUUGAACCAACUACUCCUUCAAACUUGACACUUGAAAUUGACAAAAAUAGUCCAACCAUUUCAAAUGCUUCGUCAUCAAGAAAAAGAAAAACGCAUGAUGUUAUUGGUGAAGCUAUUUUAAACGAAUUAAUAUCGUCUAGGUCCAAAAUACCACCACCACCACCUACAACACCCUCAGUGACUGACCCAUUUUGCACCUAUUUGAUGGAAACAAUGAAAGAUUUACCUAAUAAUAUAAAAAUUCAAUUGGAAGAGGACAUAUUAGCAUUGGUGUUUGCUGCAAAAAAAAGCACUGUUCAAAAGAUUAGUACAAAUUUUAUUUUUAUUAUAGAUGUCUAUUAAUUUUCUUUUAUAACUGCCUCUGUUGGUACUCUAAAGCUUCUGCACGAUUAACAUACAUUUUUAAUUUGUCCCUUAUUUCUUUAGCAUUUGAACUAUAAUGAUUUGAACCUGCACGGUUUAAUGGGACUAACCCUUGUAGUUCAUCUGUUUGAAUGUUGCUUGCACUGCAUGAUAUGGCUUGGUUGUACAUGCUUAUACCUGUUAAGAUAAUAUUAUUAAAUUAUUAUUAUUAUUAUAAUAUUAUUCCAUAAUAUUUACCUGCGUCUGUUUCUAACUUUUUUAUAAAGUUGUGUAAAACAAUUGUUGCUUUCGUUAUAUUUAUUAUUGUUUUUUCAGAAGCUAUUAUUGGCUUUCUGAAAAUCAUAAAUCGUGAUGCUAGUAUGCCAAAAGCAUUUUCAAUCGUUCGUUGUGCUCUGCUUAACCUUAAUAGUUUUUUUUGGAAUAUUUUACUGGUAUAAUUUUAAUAUUUGAUAAGUAAUAAUUUUUAUUAAGAAUAUACCACCACAUCUAUAUUAAGUGCCUCAAAAAACAUAUUACAUAGAAAAUUUACAUUCAAAUUUGCAUCAAAUUUGUUGAUAAUAUCU